AUGAUCGAUGUUGGAGUGGAUGGCGGUGUGCAGAUGGUGAAUAGCUCAAUCAAUACUGAUCGUGUUAACCAAACUGAUAGAAAUAUUCAAGCGAGAUCUCAAACAUCUGAUGUUGGUAUCGAUAACACACAGCAAACAGCUGAUGUUGGAAUCGACAAUACUCCAAGAAUGUUAGAUGAUAUUGGUGAAGAUAUGGAUAUAGAUGGCUAG